UUACUUUCCUCUUCACUUUUACUUGUUCGAACUUUUAAAACCAAAAGCUACAAACAUAACACCUUUGCCACCCAAUUUGAUCAACUGUUUUUCUUUCCCUUUCUCUAAAACUCUGUAAUUUCCAUGGAAGCACCUGGUCAUCGUCGUCUCCAAGCGAUCCAGUCUCACCUUCUUCCUCCAAUCAACGAUGAAUCACCCUCGCAGAUUAACUCCAACGUUACCGCGGGAGAGUUCGCUCUCGGGCAAGGGUACAGUGUAGUUCUUCCAGAAAAAUUGCAAACGGGAAAGUGGAAUGUGUAUAGGUCGGCACGUUCGCCAUUCAAGCUUCUUAGCAGAUAUGUUGAUCAUCCUGAAAUUGGAACUUUACACGAUAAUUUUGUACAUUCAGUUGAGACUUUCCGGAACUACAAGUACUUGGGUACACGAAUUCAAUUGGAUGGAACUGUUGGAGAGUACAAAUGGAUGACGUUUGGAGAAGCUGGAAUUGCUCGAGAAGAGAUUGGUUCUGCCCUACGACUAAAUGGACUACAAAAGGGAGCUUGCAUUGGACUUUACUUCAUAAACAGACCGGAAUGGCUGAUUGUGGACCAUGCUUGUGCAGCAUAUUCAUAUAUCUCAGUUCCAUUAUAUGACACUUUAGGUCCAGAUGCAGUUCAGUAUGUUGUGAAUCACGCUGAUGUUCAGGCUAUUUUUUGUGUUCCACAAACUCUGAAUUCUUUGUUGACAUUCUUAUCUGAAAUUCCAUCUGUACGUCUUAUAGUGGUUGUGGGAGGAACAGAUGAACAUUUUCCUUCACUUCCAUCUACAUCUGGGGUAAAACUGAUAUCCUAUUUAAAACUAAUAAGCCAGGGCCGCAGUAAUCUGCAACCAUUUUGCCCUCCUAAGCCUGAAGAUAUUGCAACCAUAUGCUACACAAGCGGAACUACUGGAACACCAAAGGGAGUUGUAUUGACACAUGGAAACUUUAUUGCAAGUGCUUCUGGAUUCAGUAAAGCGAUCAAAUUCUAUCCAUCUGAUGUUUACAUAUCCUAUCUACCUUUGGCACACAUAUUCGAAAGAACCAAUCAAAUAGUCUCGGCAUACUUUGGUGUAGCUAUUGGUUUCUACCAGGGGGACAAUAUGAAAUUGAUGGAUGACAUGGCUGCAUUAAGACCUACAAUUUUUUGUAGUGUUCCUCGGUUGUAUAAUCGAAUCUAUGCUGGAAUUUCAAAUGCUGUACAAAGUUCUGGUAUUCUACGGGAGAGGCUAUUCAGAGCUGCCUACAAUUCCAAGAAGCAAGCCAUAAUGAGUGGCAGGAAUCCAUCUCCAAUAUGGGAUAAGUUAGUUUUCAACAAAAUCAGGGAAAAGCUUGGAGGACGAGUGCGUUUUAUGGGAUCGGGUGCAUCUCCAUUAUCCUCUGAUGUCAUGGAUUUUUUGAGGGUGUGCUUUGGAUGUGAAGUGAUUGAAGGAUAUGGUAUGACUGAGACGUCUUGCGUUAUAAGCAUAAUGGACGAAGGUGACACCUUAUCGGGUCAUGUUGGUUCCCCUAGUUCUGCCUGUGAAAUAAAACUUGUGGAUGUUCCAGAAAUGAAGUACACCUCAGAGGAUCAGCCUCAUCCUCGUGGGGAAAUUUGUGUCAGGGGUCCUAUUGUUUUUCAAGGCUAUUACAAAGAUGAUGUUCAAACGAGAGAAGUAAUUGAUGGUGAUGGCUGGCUGUACACAGGAGACAUUGGAUUGUGGUUACCUGGAGGCCGACUUAAGAUUAUUGACAGGAAAAAGAACAUAUUUAAGCUGGCGCAGGGAGAGUAUAUAGCACCAGAAAAAGUUGAGAAUGUCUAUGCCAAAUGCAAAUUCGUUGCUCAGUGUUUUAUAUAUGGUGAUAGCUUCAACUCUUGCCUAGUGGCUGUAGUUGCAGUGGACCCUGACAUCUUGAAAGAGUGGGCUGCAUCUGAAGGCAUCAAGUAUGAAGAUAUGGGACAACUAUGCAACGAUCCACGAGCAAGGUCAGCUGUUCUGGCAGAAAUGGAUGCCAUUGGCAGGGAAGCUCAGUUGAGAGGAUUUGAAUUUGCCAAAGCUGUAACCUUGGUUCCUGAACCACUUUCUGUGGAGAAUGGCCUUCUCACUCCCACAUUCAAGAUUAAGAGGCCUCAAGCUAAAGCAUACUUUGCCAAAGCAAUUUCAGACAUGUAUUCUGAGCUGUCUAGAUCUGAUCCAACGUUGCAAAAUGUGUGAUGAGCUCAAUCUCACAAGUAGAACGGAGGUAGGAAAAAUAAUCUUCAUUUUCACUUGGCUCAAAUUUGAUAGUUUUCCCUAAGCGAUCAACUGCACGAAGCUCAUUGUUUUAGUUUAUACGCUCUUUGGAGGGGUAUCUCACUGAAGAAUAACUGAACAAGGCUUUGUUUCUUGCCUAGCAUGUAACAUUAUUUCAUGUAGAAUACUACUUUUUGUUGUAAAUACACAACGCAGACCUCAAAACAAGCAAUAUUCAAACUCAAACAACAAUACUAACACCAACUAACAAAGAACAAGUAGAGAUAAAUAGAAUUUAUACUGGUUCAGCUAA